AGAAUGCGACGCAUGCCUGACUCUAUGCUUGCACGCAGGAAGAAAACAUUGCUAUUCUUUGUAUUACAUUAAUGAGUGGGCCACUGAGCGAUGAAUCAAGGAAAGUAAAACAGCGUGCUUCAGUUUAACUCUUCAGACAAAUCUUAAACGCCAGAUGAAGUGUUCGAAGAAGAAGUCCUGUAAAAAUUUCGUUCACCGCCAUAACUUUGAGUCCCUUGCACCGUUCAACAAGUUCUACUUCAUUCACGUGGAAAUAUGCUAAUUUUUACACCGAUAUGGUCGCUUUAAAGCACAGAAGAACUCGAUCUUCAUAUUUGGUUGGAAGAGGGUCCUAAAAUAACUUGCAUUGUGUUCUGAAAAUGGUAGAAGCCGAACCUUGGGUGAUAGGACUCGUGGCAGGAUUGGCAGCGUUGAUUUUGGUCCUGAUUUGUAUUCUCGGCAUCUUUUGCGUUUUAUGGGCCAGGAAAGACAGACAACGGAGACGUGAUGAGCGUGAAGAGCAACGCCGGCAACGCUUAGCAGCUCUCGCCAGUAGAAAUAGUGACUUCAUGGGAAUUGAGUCUAAUUCUGCGUCUAUGGCGUCCUCGAACAACAACGCCAACUGGGUUCUUAAAGAAAAACCGCACGACUUAUUAAGCUCGCCGCCUACUUUAACUAGAGCAGCUGGGAAUGAGCCUUUCAUAGUCGGAAAAUCAAUGGUGAAAUAUUCUAACGAACUUGACAGAUCAAACAGCCUUCGACCAGGAACGCCACAAAGAUAUGUCAGCCAUAAUGAAGCUGAGCAGAGAAUGGUGCGGUUAGGGAUGAUUCCGCCAAGACGUGACGAAUUCAACGGACAUUUCCCAGCAGGUUAUUACACCGAACCUGGAAGAGGCAAGUCACAGAAAGGAAAGGCGAAAUCUCUAGAUAUGGAUGGAAGCAGAAGAUACAGUGCGGACCCGCCACAAGGGGUGGCAAUGCCCAGAUCCGUCGGCUACGUGAACGGAAACAUCCCCCCUGGUUAUCUCACCGUGCCUGGAAAGGCCAAGUCUCCUGGUAAAGCUAAAGGUGGAAAGAGGGGGUCAAGAGAUCUUGAAAACCAGCGUUUUAGGCAUAAUAGUGAGGUGCUAGUACCUGUGAGUGAAGAGGUCCAGUUGUGGUCUAUGGAACAGAGCCAACCCCCAUUUACACUUCCUGAGGAAGAUUACAACACAGCGGGAGCCACAUGGUAUCUUUCUCCAUCAAAUGAUACGCAGGGAAUAUCCAGUGCAAGGUCAGAAAGUUCCCUGUAUCGGCCUUCGCAACCCCAAAACUAUCCAAGGCACGGUCCACAAACGUAUAACACUCAGAACGUAAAUGGGACGGCUGUGUCAGGGUCACUACCACCAGAAGGUCCGCCGCCCACUUCGCCAGGGCUGAUGGAGCAAUAUUAUGACGGUCAAGACACUACAAGACUCAAACGAGUAAAGCGUGUCGGUGUACCGACUCUGCCAAAUUAGAAAGUCCCCCCACAAUGUCUUAAACAUUUAUUUGACAUCACCUUUAAAAAUUGCACUAGGAAAUGAUCGCUUCUCAGCUCAGCUUGACAAUGCAGUGGUUAUCGUUUGUGGUGGUGGCUGUAUGGAACAUGGAAUACAAUGUACAAUGUUGGUUUCUGACAGCUCAGUCCCUUAUGUUGAGGACUAUAUGUUUGUUCAUGAUGUUAUACUGGUAACCUCUGGAAGUAAAAGCAAGGGACUGGAAGAUGGAUUUUAAACUUUAAUCAUUCAAAUACGCACUUAGUCGGCUAUCUUCCUUCAUCUCCUUCCAAAAUUUUGCAUAAUUUUGGCUCGUGUUGAUUUAUGAUCAUGAAAGCACUGUUCUUUACCUGGUGCAUCAGAGAAUAGAACAAAAGCAAUUGUAUACCACAUGGUUAUAAAGUAUUCGUCAGGUCUAAAAAUCUCAUUUGAGGAUGAAGCCAUCCUUAAUUAAAGUAAGACACAUAAGGCUACGCAUUUUGUGGCAAUUGCAGUGGUAGAAUGAGUAAAAAUUCCAGCCAACGCACGUUAAUCUUUAGUAAAAACCAGAGGAGGAUUGAACAUGUUAAGAUUUUAUUAUAAAAGCGUUCCUCUCUAAAUAAAGAUAUUUAGUGAAUGCUCUCCCACGUGGCGAUUUGCAAGAGGAAUAAUUGUUUAAUCUCAUCAAGCUUAUUUUAAAGCGUAUGGCUGCGUUCUUUGAAAACAAAAUAGGAAGAGAAGUAUCAAAACAAUUUAUCGACGUAAUUAAAGUUGUUUAUAUGUAAAAUAUUUUAGAAGUAAAACAGAAAAAAAUGUUUCUAUUUCUAAAGAACAUAAAGAACCUUUAAUGGCAGUUUUUUUUGCAGUUAUUAUAUAAUGAAAAUGUACCUUUUUACCUCGAACAGGCCUUCGUGGAUAGAUCAUCUUUCACUAAAUGCACUGAUCGGUGUGCGUGCGGCAAGUUCGAAGACAGAGUACAUGAAUUUUGGAACAAAUUUCUCACUUAUGUGACCUGUAAUGAUAUUGUCAAAUAGGCCUGCAAUUUUGGUGACAGGCACAAAGGUGGGGAUAGUUUAAUGAGAAAAAAGGGCCAGAAAAGGAGAUCAGCGAAGGCCUGGUGGGUGAUAAGUAAUUAUCAUUUCCCAUUAAGCGUGGGUGGCACUGCAAAUAAAUCUCAUAUAUCAAA